GAACCCUCAGUGGGUUCUCUUUUUUACUUGCAGAUCACUACAUUCGGAUUCAAAUAUUCCCGCGUGUUAUCCACGAACAUCCGUUUCCUUUCCUGGUUUCUAGCAGAAGACGAAGACCUGAAGUGGGGACAUAGGAGGAUCUGUGUUCCACACUACUUAAAAAAUGUUUUUCUUCAAGUAUUUAAUGAGGCCCAACUCUUUUUUAUAUUGUAAUUUAAUACUUUAUUUUUUAACCUGACACCCUCUUGAAGAUGGGCACCAUGGGGACUCGAGCAGCUGCCUUCACUGUAAAGGUGAGAGGUCUUCAUGACUUCCACUUUCGUCUUCUGCAUGGUAUAUUGCCUUUACCAUCAGGACAUGAUGGAGCUGCUGUUCUCAAGUACUUCUCUCAGACCUUACUAACUGUUUUGCGUGACGUCAAAGCUAAAGAGUCGCCUCUAGAAAUGGUGAAAGUCCCUGAAAGUGAUGCCAAACGUAUGGCUCUUUAUCCCAAUCUGGACUACAGAGGGCUUUACAAUGCCAUAGUACAACUUGUAGAUAGUGCUUCUGCUAUUCAAUAUGGAGUGCAGGAGUUUGGCCGAGCAUUGCUACAGUGUUUGGGAUGCUUGUUACCAUUUAUAGAAAAUGACAUGAUAGAUACACUUCCUUAUUUAACUGCUUCUACUAUUGCUGUCCUUCCUUCCUCUCUUCACCAAGAAAUAGUGAACCAAUUAUGCUAUUAUGUUUUCCCCUUCACACUAACCAGGAAAACAACUGAAGGGCAGGAGACUUAUGCAUCACACUCAGUUGCAGCAAUUCUUAUGCUUGUUUUCCAAUAUGCUGAAAGCACAGCUCAACACAGUCAACUUAUGGAAUGUUUGAUGUCAAUGAAAUCAGACUUGGCUCGCGAUGUCUUAUGUGUUAUUGCCCAUGGUUCAACUGCAGCUCGUGCUUCUGCUGCAAAGCUUCUUUUUCAUUACUGGCCAUCAUUUAAUACUGCUCUAGUUGAUCGAAAAAGUUUCCCCAACAAGUUUGUCACUGAUUGGCCUCCAUUUACCUGCCAAAGGGAUCAAUGCCCCAAUGCAGGGAAUGCAGAAGCUGCAAAAGUAUGCUAUGAUCAUGACAUCUCUAUCAUGUUUGCCAAUGAAAGGCCUCCUCCUCUGUACCUGUGUAUUGAGUGUGCCAACGAUAUUCAUAGCAAACAUGAAGAUAAAAUGUUUCUGGAUAUUUUGCAUCCAAUGCAGCAAGUUUCUGUCACCUGUGAGAGCAAAAGUUGCCGAUCAAGUGAUAAGGCAGUAGUUUCUGUAUGCUUCUCGGCUGACUGUAUCAACUACAAUGGCAACCACCCAAUUCGAUUUUGUAGACAGUGCCAUGAUAACCGUCACAAUAAUCGAAGAGGAGUAGACCAUAUUGUGCAUUCUAGUUUAAAGCAAGCUUGGGAUAUGGAUGAAGCAAUGCAAAGUUAUCUUGUGGAAUCAAUUGUUAACCUUUUAAGAGAGGCUCAGUGGCAUGGUUUAGAGGUGCGCCCCGGAGGUUUGACUUCAGAGUUUACAAGCACCGCAAUAAGUAGUAUAGCAAGUAGUAGUGAUCCUCCAUUACUUAUUGUGGAAGAUGAGCUUGCCCAAGAUGAACGUCAGCUUCUGGGACGGUAUGGAGUCUGGCUUCUUGUUGGCCUCUGCACUCCAAAUGCUGAAUCAACACCUACCCAUACACUGGGGCGGCUCCUUGCCAUGCUUUUUCAUUGGUUCCAUAUUACUGCAUACUCCUUUGAUGAUCAAGCUGAAAACACUUUAGAGGGAUUGAAAACAGACUUUGUUUGUGUUUGGCUUAAAGAAAUUUGCAAAUCUCACUUUAAUGUGCUUGUGUCAUGCCUUCUUCCUCAUCCUCCUGACUACUCCCGAGUUGGUGGCCACUGGGACACAAUGUCAUCAAGAACUUGCCAUCUUAAAGAUGGUCUAAACCGUCUAUUUUGUCUAGUUCCUUAUGAAGUUGUUUCUCCAGAAAUAUGGGACCAUGUCAUGCCUCAUUGGAUGGAAUCAAUAGCCAGUGAUGUUCCUCCUAAAGAAUUACAUGUUUUAAAAAUUCUAUUGAGUAAAAUUUUGGACCCAACAAUGAGCCCUUUAGGGUUUGAUGAUAAACAAAUAUACAACUUCAUUGCAAGCAGAUUUUGUGGAACUGCUCCCAAAGUGCAAGAACAGGCCUUAAACUGGCUGCAAAUAUUGACUACAUUAGAAAUUGUUAUACCCCUCCCACUUCUCUUCUCAACAUUUAGUGAUGGAAUCUCAAUAAUGAUGGCUCCAUCAAUCAAUAAGGAGAAAGAAAAGUGGAAAGAGAAGGAUGGAGACAAAGAGAAGUAUAAAGACCAUGGUUCAGAGAAAAAGCAAAGUGGUGAAAAAAGUGAUGAAUCAGUCUGCAGAAGUAGUAUAUCACGGAGGGCUAAGCCGGCUAAGACACAGCCUCAAGGGUUGCCUUGGCCUUGCUUGGUCAAAACCAGGGGAAAAGGCAGCACUGCGGUCUCCCCUGUAGUUGAAGAUGACUCGGGGAAUACAUCUGGAAUGUCGGAUGAUGAAGGGCGAGCCUCAAGACACAUUCAGUUCCAAACUGCUGCUGAGCUAAAUUUGUCAUGCUGCAUACUCAUGUUGGAUGUUCUUAUCAAACAGAUGGAACUUCAAGAAGUGGAACCACAUAUAGGCAUUACUACUUCAACAGCUCAAGAUGCCUGCCGUCUUCUAAAGGCUAUGGUGGGUGCCUCAUGGAAUGGCACCCACACUUGCACUGAUCGCACUGAGUGCAUGUUCUGUGAAUCAUGCGUCAUGUGGUAUCAACUUGCUUUACAACUGGUUAAGUUCCUUGCUCCAGAAAACCCAGCUCAUCCGCCUGAUCCACCUUUGGUCGAGCCGAAUGGUGAUGACAGCCAUAAGAGUCCUCCAGACUCUGACAAGAAAUGUGACCCCAAGUCGGACGUGGUGAUCAACAUGCCGCUGCUUGAGAUUCAUACGGUGGGCGGUCUGCUGGUCAAAAUGCCUAAUAUCAUGACAGCAACUGUUGAAACAGUCACGGAGCAGCUAGAUCUGGCACUCAACAUCCCAGAUGAAAGAGUGGCCCCAACAGUGGCACGGGCAAUAACUCUUACUGACACAGAUGUUGGCAAUGCGACUUCAAGUGUAACCAAAGCUGCAAUUGGUGGAGAAAAUGAAGAGCUCAUUGAUUCAGAAGGAGAUGAGGAUCAAGAAAAUGUGUGGGUGACAUCUCAAGGAAAAUUUCACUUUUCCUUAGAUGCUCUUCCCCAACAUCUUCAAUUUAUUCAUCAACUUCUAAAGGAGGUGACCCGGACUGAAGAACCAGACAUACUCUAUCACAUGCUUCAAUGUUUGCAUGUGUUGGUUUUGCAUGGAGAUGCUCUCUCCAGAGCCACCAAAGAGUAUCGUGGAUUUGUAAUUUGGUGUCAAGAAAAUCUGUUGAUUAAAAACCUUUGGGAUCUAUGUAAUUCUGAUCGAUCUCAUAUAUGUGAAAUGAGUGUUCCUCUUCUCCUGCACUGUAUUACAUUACCUUCUGGUUCUGACGUAUUUUGGAAUAUUAUUAGAGAAGAUUUUCAUAGUGCUGAUUGGCGAGUUCGAUUUACAGCAGUUGAAAGAGUCACUGUCAUUGCUCGAUUCAUGGAUGCUACACCAUUACGUAACAGUAUGACACUUCAAGCUGCUCUUGCCACAGCAUUUUGUUACUUGGUAUCGGCUAUGGACGACAUAAAUGUGCACGUCUCACAACGCUCCACAUUAUAUUUAGGAACAAUUCAUGACAGGGCGAUGAAAUCUCUCAUUAUGUGUCUUGAGACACAAUUUGAUUUGUACAUUGUUGAUCGGCCCAUGGUGUUACAGUCACUGUAUCAGUUACAUAACUGCCUCAGUGAUAGAAAAAUCCUGACAUGGGAAUUUUUUUUGAAUCGGUUUGACACUUUGUUUUUGGAGGCUCAAAUAAACCUUGAGAGGGCUGGAGACAUCGCUUAUCCCAGAGAUUUAAGAAAUACAGAUCUGAGUAGUGACACAUUUAUCCGUAAACUGAAUCGAGCACAUGAGGCGCUUUCUCAAUCAGAUAGUAGUGGAGUAGCCUCAAAGACUUUGAGUGCAAGUUUUGGUCACAAAUGGCCUUACAAGCGGACUAUGUCAGCUCCAGCUGCAAUGGUGCCACGACAAGACACAAAGCCAGAAAAGGAGAAAGUGUACAGUCGGCAGUAUUCUGCCCCAAUAUUGAAGAGGAAAACUUCCCGGUUUGGCCUUGAUGGACAUAUCCAUUCCUUAAACACUGGUGAUGAUGGCCAACUGGUGGGUCUUUUACAUCGCAUCGUAGAUCUGGAGGAAGCAGACCGAGAAACAAUGCACCUACUUGUCUUCUUACUUCUGCAAUUUUUAUCCCGAUCGGACCAGGCUUCACCAAGUGAAGAAUCAAAACUGAAGAAAACUCAGGGUAUUGUUCUGCGUCACUUAAAUUUGCUAUUGGGCUAUAAUUCAACAGAGAGGGAACGUCCGGGUUUUCAUGUUCCACCAAGCAGAUUGCGCACAUCACCAGUUUUCAAUGUUUUUAUGGCCAAUUUACCUCAGUUGUUAGAUCAAAAUCAUUUAAUUGGUAAACACAUGAUGCCGACUCUUCUGCUUUUGAUGCAUUAUUGUCCAUGUCCUCAACAACAUAGUCACACCCCAGACACACAACAUGCCCCUCAUCAUAGCCUGUGGUAUCUGGAGCCUCACACACGCAGGUCAUGGCUAAUGGCCCUUAUUGUUCUACUAUAUAAGUAUCCCUAUGCCAAUGCACCGGACAGUAUAAAAAUACAAUCUCUUGUACGAAUAGUCCUGAAUACAUUGGAUGCUCAACAACAUGUUUGCAGAAGAAUUCCAGCAACUCUCAUGGUUGGAGCUCCUCCAUCUCGGUCAAGAGAUGUGAGUCAACCCUCACUGGGUGCAGACGGAGAGAGAGGAAGUGACAAAGAUAGAAUGGAAACUCCCCCUCUAUCGCCAAUGUAUGCAGGUGUUGACCCUAUGGGCCUCAUACAUUCUUCUGGAAAAACUGGAAAGCAUCAAGCGCUUUUUCAUCAAAAAUCUCCUGGAAUAGGACCUGGGGCUAGUUUGGAAACACAUUUAGAGGAGGAUGAUUCAGCAGCAGCUGGAAGCCAAGAAACAAAGCGUUGUGGAAGGCGUGCUCUUGGGUCAAGCUAUUCAACUGAGGUGGAUGAAACUGAAUCAGAACUAGCUGCAAUCCCAGAAAGUCCAAAAUCUGAUAGCACUAUUCAUGACACAGCUCAGGUCUCUAUGGAUGAUCAAGUGGCUCCAGCGGAGGAAGUUACCGAAUCAAAGUUCACAGAACACCGAUGUUCACUUCCUGGAGAGUCCCUAGGAAAUACUGUAACCCCGCGGCGGCCUAUAUGGUUUCUUGGAAGUGAGGACAACACCCUGCAGAAAUCAAUGAGCAUUGAUCAAGCAGGCUGUCAGAAAUGGGGUGUACGAGAAGGAAUGAAAAUGAUGGUGAAUGCCUCAUUAUUUGGAACGCCUCCUCAGCCCCCUCCUUUGCGACCAACGACAGCUGUUCCAAGUAGCAGUAAUGGGACAAACGGAACAAGUGGUAGUGUUAAACAAAGAAGCAAUAGUCUAGGAUCUAGUUCAAGUACACUGAUGACUGCCACCUCCACCUCAGCAGCAGUAACUGCUGCAACUUUAGCUACUAUUGCACUUCCGAGGACUUCUGCUCAAGAGCAAUCAGAUAAUGAUAAAGACAAUGAUGUAUGGACUGGAGAUCAAAGUUCAGAAUCACCAGUUCAAAAGUCUUUAGGAAGACAAAAAUGUGUUGACACUUCAAGCACACCCACUGGAACCCCCUCUACACCCAUCACUACUUCUGCACCAAGCCAACUACCAUCUGCUAUUUCCAGCAUGACACAUGCUCCAUGGCAGUUGGAUAUGUACACCAAACCAUCACUUCAGUCCACCUCCCCACAACCACAACCCUUGCAGCUUGCAACCCCAGCGGUUGAACGGCUGCUACCUAUUGGUGGCUCUCGUCCUUGUACUAAAAAUUCGUCUCGCUUUCGUUCGGAUGAAAUAGGCUAUGGAUCUCCAGAGUCGCCCUUAUCAAAAAUGGAAAUAAUGACAAUAGGCUCUCCAGUUGAGAUUGACAGCGAAAAUAAUGUAUCAGAAGUGACAUCACUUCAUAGCAUAGAGAUUCCUCCAACAGAACGGUUGCUACCUAUUGGAUCAAAUAGUGAAAACGUACAAAAUUUUGUAGAAAGAGUACGCCAAGCUCUUGGAGCAACAUUGGAAUGCCCGCCAGAUUGCAAUGGUUCAGAACAAUCAUCACAAAUGCUUUCAAGACCAAUCAAUGAUCGGAGGUUGUCUGAUCUUGAUGCUUUCCUACCUCCAAAUAAGACAGAAAGUAGUGAUAAGUCUCAGUCUAGCAGGUCUAUAAGUCCAAGACGUUUGACUAAGCAAGUUGCCCUGGAAUCACCCCCACCUCAAAUGUUGCCGGAUUCAGAGGAAAACCAUUCAUUCUACCGCUCUAUACAUGACAGGAAACAAUCAACAGCCCUGCCCAGCCGUUCAGAUGACCACCUUCGUAAUCAAAGGCAGAAAGCUAGGAGAACAGGCCAAGGGUUGUUCAGCACGGGUCAUUACCCGAACAUGACUGAUACUCCUAAACAUGCAGGAUGGGGUGGUCCUCAACUUCAGCCUCAGUUAGAACCUGUUGUUCAGCAAGCAUGCCAUGCAAAUUUUAAUUUGAAGCAAAGCUCAUUACGUAUUGGUGAAGAUUGUGUAUAUGACAGGUGUUCUGAAUGUGGUGCUGUUCGUGAAGAGUACAGUGAUGAAGAAUUGGGACUCUGUAUAGUUAUACUAGGAACAUUUAUUCAUAGAGAACCUGCUCUGGCGGCUCCCUUAUUGCCAGAAAUGCUAAGCACCAUCGCAAAGGUCUCUUUGAACGCGAUGUAUCCAUGGCAAUAUGACACCAACAUUUAUCUACCAGGCGGAGCAAUCAGCGUCGCACAUCAGUUUUUGCGUUGUGUGUUACAUCAGCUAGCUCCCAAUGGCAUUUUUAUGCAAAUGUUUCAGACCCAUGUAGAUGAUAGUGUAAGGCUACCGUUCUUUCGAAGUGUUGCCCAAGCUCUCCAGGAUUUUAAUGAAUUGAGUCCAAUUGCUCCUUUACAAAUGCUUCUUGAGGGUCUUAACUCCAGGAAAACACUUGCAAAUGAUGUUAUGCCCAUUGUGUUGCGCAACAUGGCUUGUUACCUUGAUUGUCUACCGAUGGAUGCUGGGCUUGGCGCAAUACUUGCUCAGUUAGAAGUUCUUUUCCGUCGUUUAGCAUUACAACUGCAAAGUAUGGAGAGUGUGACACCUCUCCUUCGUAUAAUGAUUUCAGUUCUUCGUAUUCAAGGAAUUGCAUCAUAUAAGGGAAUUCUGGAUCCUUUUUCAAAGGUCCUUAGUUAUAGUAUACAAAAUUUCCCAAUUAAGUACCAUUAUCUUGUAGACCUUUGCUAUUUGUGCAACAGAGCAUUUGUAAAGGACCGAGAUAAAUUACUCUUAACUCGUACUGUUGUAUAUGAGAUGGUACAGGCAUUAAAGUUCAAAGUUUCAAUGCCUGACAAUAACUUUUUAACACUGAUAAAUUUCAUACUUCAGGAUGCUGGAGGAUCACUCCCACUUACUUUAGCUAUGAGUCAGUUUUUAGCAUUGUGGACUGACCCUGGACCAAUAUUCAACACUGGAGCUGCUGAAUGUAUGCGUCAACACUUGGGUGAUGCUUUGGAUUUUUUGGCAGACUUUCACACCCUUAGCAAAAUUAAGAGCAUUUCAAAAGAAACACCUGUGGGUUUGAAUGAGGAUACAUUAGGUGGUGUGAUUAAAAGUGGUAUAGCACAGUAUGUAGCCCUAGAGAUUAGCAGAGGAAAUGGUCGUGACAAUAGGGCAGUGGCCCGCUAUUUACCAUGGCUCUACAACGCACCUUCCUCUCUUCAGCAAGGGCCCCGAGAAUUUAUGGAUUGCCUGGGGCAUAUAAGAUUGCUAUCAUGGCUGCUUCUGGGUGCUUUGACUCAUACAGCAACUCAUACAGCAGUUCACUGCUCCUCACAUACUCCUUGCCAGCCUGUGCCUCAAGAUGCUAGUUGUCACAUAUCUGACCACAUUCAAGCCAUAAUGUCAGGAUUUGCUGAGCAAAGCAAAACAUCAGUCCAUCAUAUGUCAUCAUUAUUCCACGCUUUCAUUCUAUGUCAGCUAUGGACAGUGUACUUGGAGCAAAUGGCAAGCACAAAUGUUCCAAGCAGUGAAGCCCAUGUUCUAACCAUGAGUAUCCUUCUUGAUUUUUGGGGCAAAGUGACACCUUGCAUCCUACAACUUGUAUCUCACUCUCGCAUUUUGGCAGAGAUGGCAAACCUGCAUUUCUUAUCGUUAAUGGAAGCUUUGAUGGAGAGCAGCUCAGCAAUUCUUAAUAAAUUACUACCAGUUUGGAGCCCAGUAUUAUUUGCAUUUCAUAUGCAGCUCCCCGGUCACUUGCAGAUGAGGUUGCAGAACUGUCGAAACUUCCCUCCGUCCACAUCAGCUUUACCACCACCACCAACUGCACAAGCAGGCAAUCAGCCUGUUAGCAAUCCAGUUUUACUAAGGUGGCUCCAACGUCUUCAGUUCAAAAUGGGUCAAAUUGAAGUGCAGUCAUCAACAGCAACACAGUUUUACAGUGUCUGAACCUUCUUUCACAGUAAAACUCCCUUGUUACACUUCGUAAGGGCAAUGAGAGCCCAGAUUUAUAAUCCUUUAAAAGCUGAAAACUUAAACAGUUAAGUUUCAAGGUGUAAAGUAUAUAUUUGAAGCCUUACAUCUGAUUUGCAGGGUAAAUUUAUCGUGAGUUUUAAUGUGUAACAUGUGCAACAGUCAAAUAUCUUUGCUGGAGUUUUACUUCAUGAUUUUAUUUUGACAUUAAAAAGAAAGAAAAGGUAAAAUAUUGAGGCUUAAGAUGUUAUCAUUACUUGCUCAGGUGAAACACGCCAUUACUUUUGCACUGACAAGUACUGAUGCAUACUCGUUAGCGUUAGCACAAUUUAAUGUGAUGAGUACUGCUGGGGUAUUACAUACUAUACUACAAAUUGCUCAUAGAUUCUUAAGAUUUGUAAAUAACCUUAUUUGCUUUUGUGGUGUACAGAGUACAGUAUAUCAUUUCCUAGUUACAUUUUCAAUGGAGAACUUUUAAGCAAGUAGACCACAUGUGUUGUUAAAGUGUUCCCCAAUAUGCAAAAAGGAUUCUGAAUGGAACACUGUAAAGCUUGUGAAUUAUUGAUGUUUUUGAGAAGCAAAUAAUCAAACUCAUGGUAUUACUAUGUACUGUAUUUAUAUUUUGUUCAUAGUAUUGAAUUAUUUUAUUAAUAAAAUACAUUAUUGUAUGUUAAGUAGAAAAGCGAUGGGUAAAAUAAUUGAAGUGUUCAAUGAGAUCUGACUUUUUUUUCUGUAGACUAUAACAAUUUUUUAAAAUUAGGAAACUUGCCAUUUCUUUCACAAAUCCAACGAACUGCCAACUCUUAGUAUUUGUUUAUAUCUGUUAAUUAGUUUCAAGGGGUAUUUGGUUUUCAAUCCCAGUGAGAAAUGAGUUUUCUUCGACAUCGAUUCGAUGUCGACGUCGAAAUAGUCGAAGAAAUGUAACUUUGUCCCCAAAAUCCACAUCUUUUUAAUAUUUUGAUGUUGAUUGUAUCCACAUUCCCAUUUCUCCCUGGAAAUAGUAAGUUUCUAAGGUGAAUAAAACAUUUGGUGUCUUAGUCUUUUCUGUAAAAUGGGGCUUUAUUUAAAAGGUGAAGUUAAACAAAACCAGAGGAUACGUUUCGGAUAUCAAAUAAGUUCAGAAUCAAUUUGCUUCAAAAGAUUCGAAGUUGAGUUGCUUUUUACUUCCAUUGUCACAUUUUGUUCUCCUUUUUUCUGACUUAUGUUCUAUUUAUAUACCCUACUCAUGGAAUGCAGGGACAUUUUUAUAAUCUGUUUAAAGUGUUCAAAUGUCUUUUGUACAAUAAUGACUGUUAUGAUGUAGUUUUACAAAUGAUAGACUUAUACAGUAAUUUCCUGUGGGAUAUUGUUUUAAAACUAAAAACAAAAGCUAUUUAAGAUUUUUAAAAAAUGUUGAUGAAAUAAUAUCCUAGUUAUUCUGUCACUCUUGUAGUGCAGUGCUGUGAGCUUACUACUUGAUAAUUUUUGUAUAUAUGAUGAUUGUAUGUUCUCUGAUUUGACCCCUCCCCUCCUUUCUACUCCUAACUUUAUUUAGUAUAUGUAUAUUAUAUUCUAUAUAUAUAUAUCAUGUUGAUGUUUGUACUGAUGUAGUUGUCUAGCUGAUGUUCAUUUUAUUCAUAUUUAAUUUAUUUUCAUUCCAUCACAUAGUUGGUGAUUUUGUCUUUGAAAAUUUAAGGACAACUUUUAAGAACUUGAUUGGUGAUAUAAUGUUAAAGUUCUUGAACUGUAAGAAUGGCUUCCUAUUUGUUGAAAUUUGAGAGAUUUUAUUUACACAAUUCGAGAUGUAGAUAUCAUACAACAUCAGUUUGACUCGUACUACCUAUUAAUGGUUUAGAGACUUCGCGGGGGGGAAACAUAUUGAUAUAGAAGCUGACAGCAAAAUUUCUUUUUCUCAGGAAACAAAUAAUUUACGUUUGUGUGGGUUAAGGUGUUACCAGAUGAUUAUUGAAUGUGAGAACCUAAUGAAAAUCAAAAGUAAGCAAACAAUAACUUAUUGCAGUAAAUUAUGCUUUGGCAAAAUUUCAUCUAAUAAUGGUACCUCAAAUUUUAUUAACAUGAGGUGUAAGAUUGAUAAUGAUGUCAUUAAAGUUUUGCUGUGGUUUUGUACUUAAAGAUUUUUUGAAACACCAUUGUUUGUUGUUGUUGAAAGACUAGUGCCUAAAAUAGAUAAAUAAAGUCUACUGUUGUUGGAAUCUUCAAUAAGGUAAAUUAUUCUGACACCUAAGCAGAGUGACGAUCCAGUCCUACCUUAUCAGGGAAAGUUGUGUCAGUUGUACCUCUUCUUUUUGAUCUUGCUCUUGGGUCGCAUUUUGCCAGUUCCUUCUUCUGUGGUGCCUUGUCCAUCCAGAUUGACCUGUUUUAAAAUUCUGCAUAGUCAGUUACUGAACUCCAAACAUGUUUACAAUGUAAAUGACUUGCAUUAUACCUUAUUGAAAGACCUU